AUGGCUUCGGAUGACGCCCUACCUACGCUCAAGAUCCUAUUGAUCGGGCCAUCAGGAGCUGGAAAGUCAGCGUUACUCAUGCGAUAUUGUGAUGAUGAAUUCGAUCCCGAUACGGCGGCUGCAACUAUUGGUAUCGACUUCAAGAUCAAGAGACUUGCGGUCCGUGGCAAGCCAUAUCGGCUGACGCUAUUUGAUACGGCAGGACAAGAAAGAUUUCGAACCCUUUCAACCAGCUUCUAUCGCGGUGCCCAUGGCGUUAUUCUUGUCUACGACAUUUCCAACAGAGCAAGUUUCAUGUCUAUGGAACGAUGGUUUGACGAAGCCAAAUCAAACACCGUAGAGGAUGUGGCUCUGUACUUGGUCGGAGCAAAACUUGACAAAGCAUCUCGCAACCGGGAAGUCACACAAGAAGAAGGGCUAGCACUAGCAGAACAGCACGGUGCCAGUUUCUGCGAAGCAAGCUCCAAAACGAGCGAGAACGUCCGCCGCCCAUUUGUGGAGAUCGUCAACCAGAUCGUGCAGACGCCAGGUCUGCUCACCAACGCCACGGCAAAACGGCGUUCCGGGACGGUUGUGGUUGACAGCACCACCAACAACGGCUAUUUCUCCCUUCCGAACUGCGCGUGCUAA